GAGGGUCGACUGGCAGCACACAGGAGUAUGUGGUUCGAGUCCCAAAAGAUCGACAAAAGAAGUACAGAAUGAUGAAAUUUUCAUCAGGAGCCAAUAUAGACUUUAACAAGCUUUCUCAGGAGCAAACACCAGUGAGAAUGGAAAGAGAAAACAAUCUAAAGGAAUACAAAACUGCCCAUGGCAUUGAUAUGAUGCCCAAAUUUGGAGCAGGAAGUGAAUUUGGUCGCGAACAGAAAGAGACAGCAAGACGAAAGAAAUAUGGCAUCAUGAUGAAACGAUAUGAUCCAGGCAAUCAACCCUGGUUGAUGAAAGUUGGGAAAACAAAGGAGGCUAAAAAGUACAAAGGUGUGCGAGAAGGCACAAUAGCAGAAAACACAUCUUACUACAUAUUUACACAGUGUCCAGAUGGAGCCUUUGAGGCCUUCCCUAUAGAGGAGUGGUACAAUUUCUCACCAAUGGUUCAAUAUAAGUAUCUUAACUCUGAGGAGGCUGAGGAGGAGUUCAACAGGAGGGACAAAACUUUGAACUAUUUUUCUAUAAUGGUACGGAAAAGAAUAAAAAAUGAUGAGGAAGGAGACAAUGUGAAAUUAGAAGAGGGAGAAAAAGUGAAAGAGAAGUCAAGAAAAACAAAGAAGCAAGGAUUUCAAUUGACAGAUUUAGAUGACGAAGAUGAUGAAGAUGAUGAUGACUAUGAUGAUGAAGAUGAAAACAAAGAUGAUGAAAAACCUAAAAAGAAAACAAAGAAGGCUGCAAAACCAAAGAAGACUGCUAAACAUAAUUCUGAUGAUGAAGCUGUAGAGGAGAGUGAUGAGGGAGACUUUGAUGAUCGGGAACUUGACUACAUCACAGACUCUGACAGUAGUCUUUCUGAGACUGGGGACCGUGAGAAAGGAGACCUAUACCAGGAGAAGGGAGUGGAUGAGGAAAGAGGGUUGAAGAAGCUCUUGGACUCAGACGAGAGCAGUGAAGAUGAAGAAGAAAAGAAAAAGCAAGAAGAAAAGGAGAAAGAAGAGGCAGAAAAGAAUGAAAAGAAGAAAAAGGAAGGAUCAGAUAGUGACAGUAGUAGCUCCAGUUCCGACAGUGACUCAGAUAUUGACAAGGAUGAGAAGAUAUCAUCAGCUAUAUUCAUGCAGAAGAAAGAGAAGCGUUUAUCCCCAGUUCCCCGUGCUGGCACACCUGUAGACAGCGAGGAUAAAAGCUCUCUGAAAAGAAAAUUAGAGACUGAGACACAGGCAUCAAAGAAGAUGAGGACAGACAGUCCAAGUUUAGGUGCCCAUGGAUCAUCAAGUGGUGGUAUCACAGAAGAAUCUAUCAGAAGAUACCUGAUGAGGAAACCUAUGACGACCAAGGAACUACUACACAAGUUCAAAUCCAAACGUGUCGACAUGACUAAAGACGCUAUGAUGAGUGCCAUAGCAACACUUCUGAAAAAGAUCAGUCCAAAGAAAGAAAUGGUGAAAAAUGUCAUGUACUUAUCACUGAAGAAAGAUGGAUGACCUUAUUGAUAACUAAGAUGAAGGAAUUGUUAAAUAAUCAAGUCGAUGGUAGCCCAAGGCUGCUUAUGACUUAUGUAUCCAGUUGUUAUUAUCUCACAUGUUUCAGGACAUGAAACAUCAACAAGUGAGAAACUGGACAGAUAUACCAGUUAUUUGGUGGUAACAACUGUCUAAGAAUUCAGCUAUCCAUGGCCAUGAAAGACAGUGUUCUCCACUUUCUGGUGUAAAUUAAUUUUGGAAGAAACUUUCCAAGCCAACUGUAAAUUUGACUUUUAGAUAAUUUACAUAGUUACAUAGGUCUUGUUUUUUAAAUCAGUGUUAUAAAGCUUUGGGAGGCGGGGAGAAGAGGUGGCAGUUCACUUUUGGAAUUCUCCUUGUGCCAAAAUUUAGUGCUAUCAGAAAACUGUGUGAAAAUGGUAUAUGAUCUUAAACUGUUUUCAUCAGUUUGUAAAUCCAUCAGGUAAACUUGCUGGUUCUUGUUUUGGAAAGAAAGAUAAAUCUCACAGCUGGUCAUGUGGAUGAGACAAAUAAAAGAUUCAUUGACCGUUGAUUAAA